GGCCAGUUCCCAUACAAGAACAGAUUGUCAAAAAGAGAUCUGGUGAUGUGAUAAAAGGAAGGACUGAAAAAGUAAAUGAACCUGGUAGGAAGACGGUAAAUGUAGUUCGCAAAGAUCAAAACAUGGAUGGUAUUCCUGAUGCGAGGAGCACUAUGGUCACCCGGACUCGGGUGCGUAGAGAAACUGUGAAGCAUAUGAUUUACCAAAACUGCUGACCUUCAUCUGCAAGUUACAUCCUCAAGCAGAAGGCUGAUAGAAACAGAACCGAGCAAGCGUGUGAGUUGAAGAUUUUCUUGUGUAAUAGGAGGCAAGCGCUGCUCCUUAACUAAUCUGACUCAAGAUAGUCUUAGCUGAUUUUGUUUCCAUAGGUAGUUCUGUUGAGUUGUAUACGUUCUAUUAUGUUGACCAAGUACAUAUGCUAGUUUAAUUUGCCAGGUCUGGACGGUUCAUGACUAAUGUAUACAUCGUGUUGCAGCUAAAUGUAGUUUUAGAUAUUCAAUUA